UAGCUCCUAAGGACACUUCUAGUCAUCAAAAGGGUUGUAAGGACAGGGGAGAGGAAAAAUACUGGGGCAGAAAAAUGGAUGAGGGGUUGCAGCAGGAGUUGAAGAACAUGUUGAUAGAGAGCUAAUCCAGAAGGAUCAUAUACAACAGAGAUCUUCAAUGCCCCUGAAUAUUUAUUUCAGCAAGUGCCCAUGGACAGCAAAGUGGUAUGUAGAUGCUCUCCUGGACACCUGGGGCUCCAAGUGAAAGAUUUAGGGCUUGAGCUUUAAUUGCCUGCCUCUUAAUACCAUUUCUAAGGGACAUUUCCUGCCACAAGGUCAUCAUAGCCUGGACACAGCUAGCCAAGCAAAGAGUGUGCUUAACAUUUAUCCCCUUUUUAUAAGAUCUGAAGGACUACAGAUCCCGCUCGCGUCACUGGUUCCUGGAACUUCUGUCUUCUGCCCAAAUAAUUUGCCAGUCUUCAGUGCUCUUUUCUCCAUUCCUUUCUCUCUGGGCAAACGCUCCCCCCGCCCACCGACUAUUGAUAACAUCCCAGCUCAGCUUUUUAUACAAAAACGCCUAAGUGGCAAGAUCGCGCCAACUACCCAAGCCGCCUGGCUCUGGUAUUGUUUGUCACGCAAGAGCUCCAGACGAGCGGUCCUGCGAAGUAAGGCUCCAGCUCACACGCGCGCACACGCCCAUCCGAGGAGCGCAGACUUCCGCAAGCCAGUCUCCCGGAGAGAGCCGGAGCGAGCAGGGUGCAGAGGAGCGCCUGCCUAUGGCUGACGGCUACAUCGUGGAAUCAGAGCGCUUUGCUGAGAAAGCAGAGACUGUGGAAUGGGGCUAUGAGGAAGGAGUUGAGUGGGGACUAAUCUUUCCUGAUGCAAAUGGAGAAUACCAGUCUCCUAUUAACUUGAAUUCACGAGAAGCCAAAUAUGACCCCUUGCUGCUGGAAGUAUCUUUAUCACCCAACUAUGCUGUGUCCCGUGAUUGUGAGGUCAUCAAUGAUGGGCACUCAGUUCAAAUCCUCUUAAAGUCCAAAUCAGUGUUAGUUGGAGGGCCAUUACCUCGAGGGCAUGAAUUUGAACUGCAUGAUGUUCGGUUCCACUGGGGCAGAGAAAAUCAGCGUGGCUCUGAACACACUGUGAAUUUUAAAGCUUUUCCCAUGGAGCUCCAUCUAAUCCACUGGAACUCCACAAUGUACCAUAGUAUCAAUGAAGCAGUCGGGAAGAAGAAUGGGAUAACCAUUAUUGCUUUGUUUGUGCAGAUAGGAAAGGAACAUUCAGGCCUAAAGGCUGUGACUGAAAUUCUGCAAGACAUCCAGUACAAGGGGAAGUCCAAGACAAUACCUUGCUUUAAUCCCAACACACUACUACCAGACCCUCUGUUACGAGAUUAUUGGGUGUAUGAAGGCUCCCUCACAGUUCCACCCUGCAGUGAAGGUGUGACUUGGAUCUUAUUUAGAUAUCCUUUAACUGUAUCCCAACUUCAGAUGGAAGAGUUUCGAAGACUGAGGACACAUGUUAAAGGAGCAGAACUCCUAGAAGGCUGUGAUGGACUAUUAGGAGAUAACUUUAGACCAACCCAGCCACUUAGCGACAGAGUCAUAAGGGCUGCCUUCCAGUAGCAGAAACAAAUAGUGAAAAUAAUCAUAAUAUAGGUAAGUAAAAUAAAAAGAAGCAAAAUGACAAACUGUGUAAAUCUGAUAUAAUUUUCAUAUAGAUGA